CACCAAUCAGCCACCGCGACGCUUUGCUCGGUGUUGUUUCGUUUGUUGGGAGCUGUGGUUCUAGUCUGUGUCAUGGCGCCUGGUAUGGCAAUGUUGUGUUGCUCCCGGCUGCUGACAGGUGGUUUGCGGACGAGUAAAUACGUUUCAUCUGCUUUAGGGACGCUCAAAGCAAUCGAGGAGCGGAAACAAUGGUAUUCAGUCAGUAGCCUGACCGUACAAGAGCGAAUCAAGAAGAGGUCUGAAAGGGCGAUGUUGGGGGGAGGUCAGCACAGGAUAGAUGCCCAGCACAAGAGGGGAAAGCUCACUGCCAGGGAACGUGUCCAGCUGCUUCUGGAUCCUGAGUCCUUUAUAGAAUAUGAUAAAUUUGUGGAACAUAGGUGUUCGGAUUUUGGCAUGGGCACAGAAGAUGAUAAGUUUCCUGGUGACAGCGUGGUGACUGGUCAGGGCCGAAUUAAUGGUCGACUCGUUUAUGUCUUCAGCCAGGACUUUACAGUGUUUGGAGGAAGUUUGUCAGGAGCUCAUGCACAGAAGAUCUGUAAGAUUAUGGAUCAAGCUUUGUUGGUAGGAGCUCCUGUUAUAGGACUGAAUGACUCUGGAGGAGCACGUAUUCAGGAAGGUGUGGAGUCUUUGGCUGGUUAUGCUGACAUUUUCCUGAGAAAUGUACUGUCCUCUGGUGUCAUUCCUCAAAUAUCCCUUAUUAUGGGUCCUUGCGCUGGUGGCGCUGUCUACUCCCCUGCAUUGACAGAUUUCACGUUUAUGGUGAAGGAUACAUCCUACUUGUUCAUAACUGGUCCUGAUGUAGUGAAAUCUGUCACAAAUGAAGAUGUGACUCAGGAAGAUCUGGGUGGUGCUAAAACUCACACUGCAAUUUCAGGUGUUGCACACAAGGCCUUUGAAAAUGACAUUGAUGCGUUAUUGAACUUGAGAGAAUUUUUUAAUUUUAUACCUCUGAAUAAUAGAGAUCCUGCUCCUAUCAGAGAAUGCCAGGAUCCAUGUGACCGGCUGGUACCAAGUCUAGAUACAGUAGUUCCACUGGAAUCCACGAAAGCAUAUGAUAUGCUGGAAAUCGUCAGUGCGAUUGCAGAUGAAAGGGAAUUUUUCGAGCUCAUGCCUAAUUAUGCGAAGAACAUAAUUAUUGGUUUUGCCAGAAUGAAUGGAUGCACAGUGGGAAUUGUAGGUAAUCAACCUAAAGUGGCUUCAGGUUGUCUAGACAUCAAUGCUUCAGUAAAAGGAGCCCGUUUUGUCAGAUUCUGUGAUGCAUUUAAUAUCCCCAUCGUUACAUUUGUGGAUGUGCCUGGAUUUUUGCCAGGAACUAGCCAGGAAUAUGGUGGAAUCAUCAGACAUGGUGCAAAGUUGCUCUAUGCGUUUGCUGAGGCCACAGUGCCAAAAAUUACAGUGAUCACACGCAAGGCCUACGGUGGUGCAUAUGAUGUGAUGAGCUCCAAGCACUUAAGAGGUGAUUUGAACUACGCUUGGCCAACAGCAGAGGUUGCUGUUAUGGGCGCUAAGGGAGCUGUGCAGAUCAUCUUUAAAGGAAAAGGGAAUGAAGUUGAGGCAGAAGCAGAAUAUGUAGAGACAUUUGCAAAUCCAUUCCCAGCAGCUGUGAGAGGUUUUGUUGAUGACAUAAUCGAACCGGCAACCACUCGAUUGCGUAUUUGUAGAGACUUGGAGAUGCUGGCAAAUAAGAAACAGACUAACCCUUGGAAAAAGCAUGGCAAUAUUCCCCUGUGAAAAAAAAACUUGUAAAGAUGGAAAGCAGAUGAACAGAAUGUUACCCCCCAAAACCAUUGAUUCACUGUUAACAAAUGAUGCUGUCUGAAAUCCUUCAAUGUUCAGCAAAAAAAAUGAAAAAGUAUUUCAGGAAUAAAUUUGAAAUCAUCAACAUAA